AUGUUCGGGCAUCCACCGAGAGCGACACUCAACGUUGUCAUGAAGCGCCUCGGGCUCCAGCAUGGGACUGCCUUUUUGAUGGCUUUUCUGACGAUCCAGCACGCACGCGGAGCGCAACUGGGACAUAGACAAAACCCUGGUUUUAUCACUGCGUUGCCGACGGUUGCGGCAACUACAUUUUCCACUUCUCCCGCAUCCCCAUCGGCAACCCUCGAGCCAUUGCCAAAUCCUCCUCAGCAGCCAGGUCCGAUUUUCACGCCGAGUCUUUCGACUAUCGACGUUGCCUCAUCGCCAGCUCUGAUUCCACCCGCAGUUCUACCUUCUUCGACGCAGAUCUCGUCCACUACUCCAACGCCUACAUCUUUCCGGCCUACAACGACUCGCACAACCCAGGCAGCAGCAGCGAGCGCGCUCGAGAUUAUAGAUGAUCAUUACUUUGGCGGUAUUCCGAAACCGAGCCCUGAUGUGCCCAUCAGCGGGGUUUUCAUGGUGCUUUUCAUCCUCGGGGCCCUCAUCCAUGGAUUGAUGUACUGGAGGAACAUCAAGCAGCCGAUCAGAGGGGGUAAUGGAGAUAGGCUGUCGGCGUUGAUGAUCUGCUUCUGCCUAGCUGAAGCUCUGGUCUGCGGUUUCCGUCUGGCCUGGGCCAGCACCGAAAUGCAACCCGUGGUCGUCUUUUUCGCACUUGUCUCUGAAAGCGUUGGGAGCGUCAGUCUGUUCACAGUGAAUUUUCUUUUGACCAAUCGCCUCAUACGCUUAUUAGAUCUGCCCGGUCUACAUGAAUUCAACAGGAACGCCGGAGGCAUCGCACAAUCAGGAGCAAGACUGCUACAGGCCAGCAACGGUCUUCUCAUGAUCACCGGCUUCAUCUUUCUGGUUGUCGUCUUAGCAGCCAGUACUACCGAAAACCGCACGCGAGUGGAGAAGUUCACCGCCAGAACGACCGUAUACUUCAUCGGUGCUGGCGUACUGACGAUGACGAGCCAAGCCACACGUUUCGCCUCGACAUUCGCCAUUUGGCAACCAGCGGAUCAGACAUCCAUGGGCAUACUAUCUAAACCGGUCUACUACAUUACAGGGUUCGGUAUGAGCGUUUCAAUCAUCAUUCUCUACGCGGCUUCGAGGAUCGACUUGCUCUUUGGCAAGAGCUCAACCUCUAAUGGACGUUCCUCACCCCGGCCAUCACAAGGCGAGCAGCGGGUAAAACCAGUGACAUUGAAACCUACCAGGGGAUCACCGCUGCGUCUUAAUCCUAUCCUGACGCCUGCAGGCGAUGACGGACGUUACCAUAAUUCCCAGGAUUGGCCGGAUACUCGAAGUCCUAUGACGGCAUCUAGUACUGGGACAUUCACGCUGGAGAAGGAGGAAAAGGGAUAUGUCGGAUUUGGGUGA